AUGGCUCCCGCGCAGGGCCCUCUUUCCAGCCCGGGUCCCUCCGCUGCCGGGCUCCCCUCUCCAGGACAACCCCCCGGUGCCUGGGGGUGCGACGCGCGGGUCUCCUCCAGGUCCCAGACGGAAGAGCAGUGCACGGAGGAGCUCUUUGACUUCCUGCACGCCAGGGACCACUGUGUUGCUCACAAACUGUUUAAGAAGCUGAAGUGA